GGAAACAAACCAAGCAGUACAUCGCUGUCAGAAUUGUAUUUUCGUUUUGUUAUUUCGCAUUCUGCAGGUUCUUAUUUUGCUUUAUGGGAAAACACAAGAAUAGCGUUCAAAAUUCCAUAAUCGUGGAGUUUAUGGAAAAUAACCCCGACAUCGCUAAGGGCUACACAAAACGAGAUAAGGCACUCGUUAACGCUCUUUGGCAAGAACUGUCAAAUUCUUUAAAUAGCGCAGGCCCACCCCAAAAGGACGCUAAUGGGUGGAAGAAGGCAUGGACUGAAUGGAAAAGUGAGAUAAGAAAAAAAUUAUCACACAACAAAAAUGAAGCUCGAGCGACUGGUGGUGGGCCCUUCACUAAACAUCAACUGACGCAAUUGGAAGAAUCAAUCGUCCGUAUAUGUGGAAUUGAACGUUCAGUUUAUGGUGUUACAGGCGUUGCAAUUGGUCACGUCGAACCUUCAGAUGACCUUAUCGAAGAAGUACUCGAUGAAACGAACAGCGAUAUUCCGUCAACGUCAUCAAAGCGACAAAUGGAGCCUUCCAGUAUUGGAAGCACUCCAAAAAGGCCAAGAGUGGAGAGCACAGCAGAGAGUUUAAAAAAUUUUUUGAAAGAGGACAACGAAAUAAAAAUGGAAAUGAAUGAGAAAUUGGAUGAGCUAAUAAAAAUUGGCAAUGAAAACGCAAAAAGUUUUACACAUAUUCAUCGAGCAGUCGAAGACAUGGUAGAAUGUUGUACGCAAAUAUUAACCGUCAUGGAAGAAAAGAAUCAAAUAGAAAAACAGCGACUAGACCUCAGCAUCAAAAAAUUUGAUUUCCAAAGACAACUAAAUGGUUAUAACUAGGGUUGUGUGCUUAAUUUUUUAGUUAAAAAUUUAAUAACUUACCGAAUUACUUUUAAUUUUUCACUAAUCAAAACGGAAUAUAAUCCUUUAUCACAAACGAAUUUAUUCGAAUUCGAUUGGAGUGUAUUCAUAGUCAAAAUUAAGUUGAUGCUUAAAGUUAGUUGCAGCUUUUUGGCUUAAAUUUUAAUGGGUUAUCGGUCAAAAGAGCUACAUCUAACUUUAAAUAUCUACUUAAUUUUGAAUAUUACUGCGCCCCAUUGAUAAUAUUUUCAUUAUUCAAAUACUUUAAAUACCUUAUUUUGUUUUAAAUAGUUCCUUUUCCCAGCUUUUCAUAUUUUUUGCAUUUUAAACAUAUGUACAUAUAUAUGUAUGUACCUACAAGCAUAGGCAGUGGUUCGCAGCCAAAAUGAUAAACCCGACAAAAUGUUUAUUUUGUUAAUAUUCACUAAGUUUUUCUUAGCAGCUGAACUUGCACCUUAUUACUACACUUUAAUUUAAUGCAAGACUGCAUACCUGACAUAUUUCUAAAACAUGUGAUCAAAUUUGCGACUUUUCCAUUUUUUGUACAAAGUUUUGAAUGUUGGUUAUUAUGGUUUUUGACGUUGUACUAUGUACAUAAAAAAUUUAGUGAAUAUUAACAAAAUAAACAUUUUGUCGGGUUUAUCAUUUUGGCUGUGAGCUUCUGUACAUAUCGCACACCGUCUUCAAGAGAGACACAACUCAAAAUUACACGUUCGUCAGAAAAGGCGAAAAACUAUUUCUUAGCACAUGCUAAUCAUAUGGGCAAGGAGGACUUUACCUUAGGUUUUUCAACAAAUUAUAACAAAAAUUUGCUACAGCUUUUGCUGAAAGGUAAAUAAAAGCUCUGUGUACAUUUUUAGUGCAUUAUUUCGAAAAUGCCAAAUUUUGAGUUGUGUCACUUUUGAAGAUCGUGUGCGAUAUGUAUGUAUGUACAUAUAUAGUUUAUAAUUUGAAAAUUUAGCAACGGGGUGUAUUAUUCAAGUGAUGAUUGGCUUUAUCGCAAUCUUGGGUAAAUGAAUAAUUAAUUGACUGAAGAAUUCAUUUUUCCCGAAUAAAGACAGCUUAUUUAUUAGUGAUCUCAAUUUAAAUAAUAAGAGUAUUUAAACGUUGUAAACCGUACCUUGCGUUCUUAGUAUAAGAAAAAAUUUAAGAGUUUUUAUUGUUUAUGUACAUAUACUCGUACAUACAUACAAUGUACAGCUUUGGUCAAAGAUUUAGAACCAAAAUUCAAAAUAAUAUUGUUUGGAACUUACGUUUAUUUAUUUUUUUUUUAAUAAUAUUCAUUUAAAA